AUGACGGCGACUUCCUCCAGCAACCGGCUGAAGCUUACCCCCUCCAAUUCACCUUUUCUCACCUCCCGACGCCCGAGGUCUCCGCUGCGCGGUCGACCCGUAUUCGAAUCCCGCCUUUCGCUCAAGAGAGUUGUCGGGACAACAUGCCGCUCACCCACCGCCUUUGAUGCCGUCGGCACCAGCUUCGCCUACACUGCUGGCGGUGCCGUCGUGGUUGUCAAUGUCGACGCCGAUCAGUAUACCCAGCGAUUCUACCGAGCUCGCCCCAAUGUUGCUUCCCUCUACGCCGCUUCCCAAAACGGGUCUUCUACACCGACGACUACGACGACGGCUCCAAAGGCCAAUGAUAGCCGGAACCGUUCUGCCGCCAACUAUCGAGACUCUCACGGUGCGCCAGAUUGGGUAGAUGGUUCGUUACCUAGGACGUGGACCAGCCGUGAGCGUAUCAAGGCUGCUACCUGCCUGAGUCUAAGCCCAGAUGGCAAGUACUUGGCCGUGGGCGAGACUGGAUAUGCGCCCCGGGUCUUGAUUUUCAGCCUCCAGGAUACGUCCUCCGAUAUUCCUCUAGUAUCAAUUAGUGAGCAUGCAUUUGGCGUCAAUGCGGUUGCAUGGUCUGCGGAUUCCAAGUACCUUGCCUCCCUUGGGGCCGCCAACGACGGCUAUCUGUAUGUUUGGAAAGUAGACCCUCGUAACGGCCAGACAAAGCUCUUUCAGCAAAAUAGGUGCACAUCCUACGUCAAAGACAUGGUCUGGCUGGGAAACUCCCUCAUCACACUCGGCAUCCGGCAUAUCAAGAUGUGGAGGAUAGAUGAAAAUGCCGGCAUCUCUCCAACGAAACCAAAAUUCCCCCCUGACCAUCCUCCCCUCUCACCAACUUCUCAAAAGACACUGCCGGGCAGGAAUAUUAUUCUGGGAGGUCUUCUGGAGGCCACAUUUAGCUGCGCAGCUGUUGAAGGCAGCAGACUCAUAAUUUGCACGGAGGCAGGCGAUGUGUGCAUUUUAGAUGGCGACGAUAAGCAGACGAAAGUUGUCUGUAUUCUCAACCUUGAUUUCUCCAUAUCUACCAUUCAAAUUCGAGGCAACAUUGCUUAUGUUGGCGGUAAAGGCGGCAAAUUUACCAAGCUCGAUGUCAUUGGACUGAUGGACGGGAGCAAGGACUGUGUUAUUGGCACGUCAGAAGCCCCUACGGGAUCAGUGGCAUUGGGCUUCAUAACGAAUAACUCAGUCACUAUUGAUGCCAAAGGAUCGAUUGACAUCUGGGAUUUGGACUAUGUACCUGGUCAAACAGCCGAGCCAUCAUUCCACAUUCAUAUUCCGGGCCAUGGAGAGCCGGUUGCUGGUAUCUGCCCUAUGGACAGGCUAAAUGAGAUACAAGCGGCCUUUUUGACGUGGUCGUGCUCGGGAGUGGUGACAUUUUGGGACUUGGACGGCAAAAUCAAAGCAUCCAUCAGUGUUCCGCUGGAAGGCUUGAAUGUACCAGAUCCCAAUCUGGAGCCAGUGAAUCAAUUGACCUGCGUCAAAAUCUCGAAGAGUGGGCGUCUCUUGGUCACGGCCGAUCGCCUCGGAGUAUUGAGAGUCACAGACACAGUCACAGAAGAUUGUUUGCUCGAUACUAAAGCCCACUCGGCUGAUUGCACGUCCAUCAGCCUGUAUGAAGAUGAAGGGAAAUUCCUUAUGGCUUGUUGUGGUAGGGACCGCACAGCACAGCUUUUUCACCGCACUUCUACCAGCGGUAAUAUCGAGCAUUUCCAAACGAUUGAGUUUGCCUCCCGGGUCGUCCAGGUUGUUAUUCCGUCGGAUGACAAGGUAAUCACUUGUGCGUGGGACCGAACAAUGCAUAUUCACGAUUUAGUCACCAAGGAAGGGGACCCUGACGCAAUCGCUGCUAUUCCUUCAAGGGUCGUCUCUCUCAAGGCAUCACCGACUUCCAUGACUACGAGCUUGGAUAGUCGGACAAUGUUUGUUUCUAUGCUGGACCGAUCCGUCUGCCAGUACGACAUUUUGACAGGACGAGGGAUAAACUGCUUCAAGUGCAUGGACGAGAGUGGCAUAGAAUCCGCAGUUCUCGAAUCCAUUUCUAUUGAACAGGGUUCGCCUCGAGAUUCCGAUUUUCUCUUGGCCGCCUCCAAUACCGACAAAUCCAUCCGGCUUUAUGACUCUAUUUCUGGGACCUUUUUGGAUCGGGAAUGGGGCCAUACUGAGGCUAUCAAUGGCGUGUGCUUUGUCGAAGACAGCGAUGAGAGUAGACGUGUUGUGAGUGUUGCGGCUGACGGGACCAUCAUGAUUUGGUCUCUCGAUGUUCAUGAGCGGUUGGGAAGUAGGGAGCCGUCGCCUUCGAGAGAUGCCACCUCGGGCAGGCCACCCCUGCGAAAAGUCUUGUCAAAAGCUGAAUUGGCGGAAUUCCAACGCCCACGAGAAGGUUCAACAGGACAACGCUCCUCGCCGCCGCCGCCGUUGCAAACCCGAACAGUACGGAAGCGCAACUCUCGACUCAACCUCUCUUCCAACACUCCUAGCGCCAGGACACCCUCUGGGACUUUUCAGAUUAGCCCCGGCACCAGCAAGAUCAUGGAUGAUACGCCUUCGCGCCGAAGGGGUAUUGAUCAUGCUAGCAGCCCUCCGCUCAGCCCAAGGGCUAGGCUGUCUCGUAGGCCAUCACUUCCGGCCCUGGGCCAUGCGGCGCGCAAGAAGAAUUCCACUCCCAACCUUCGCGGAAAUGCUUCAUUAACCACGGCGACAGAACAAGCCUGUCGCACGUUGAGAGCAUACAGGAAAAAGCUCUCGUCAGCAGAGCCCAUAAAUCCAGAUGCUCUUAGCGAACUAGAUCAGGAAUUGCGGUUCACUGCGGCUGCGCUGGGCGACCGCGCAAUCAGGAGUAGAGCGAUGAACGAGACGGUUCUGAGCGGCCUCUUGGACCAAUACUCUGAAAGACUCGUCACACUAUUAGACGAAAAGUUGCGCCUCACCAGCCAACCGACAGAACGGGACACAGAAGUGUCAAGUGAGGAUCGCCGCGGCAGCACGGACGAAACCUCAAGCACAACAUCAUCAGGAUGACACUUUUUUUUUCAUUUUAUCUUGUGUGUUACUCAACCAGACAAUACCAUAAUUUUUCCUUUUGUACCAGGUGUGGUCAAUCACCACAUGGACUGAACGGUCCACAGAAUGGCGUUUAGGAUUUCAUAUAUUAUAGCGGGAAGCUCUAGAUAGGAGCUGAAAGGGAGAGGCGGAUUGUGCUUCAGAUAUGGGGUUCUGCUUUUUACAGCGCUGAUAUGAUACCACGGGGGGAAUUGGAGUUUAAGGCUGGUAAAUCAGAUGCAUUUUGGUAUCUUACAUGGGCUGAUUGGCCAUGGGAGAGGGUGGUGGCAUGAAUUCCUUUACAUAGUUUCAAGAGCAGAUGCUGUAACAAGGGGCAUUAAUCAAGGCAGCUCCGCGCGUGUGCGUGUGUUUG